GCCGGCGUUUUUGAGGAGUAGGUAGAACCGACUCCUGGUCCCGGAGUUCCGAUGUGACGUCCACGGACAAACGUAUCAUGCAGGGGAGAGCCGGGGUAGGGACGACGGCUUGUAAACGAAACCAGUUUGCUAUCUGAUCCGACUGAAGCAACAGCCCAAAAACUGGACUCUGCAGACCACCGCGUAGCAACUACUCCGAAUUUCUAUCGAAAAUCAAAACCGUAUAAUAAUAAUAAUACUAAUAACAAUAAUAAAAAUAAUAAUAAUAACAAUAAUAAUAACAAUAAUGCGUUGCAACACCCCUCGCCUAACCGCAAGACUUCCUUGAACAGUCGGGAAAAAGCAGGAAAAUUAAAAAAAAGUAAUAAUAAACUACCGUAUGAAAAUCAAAACCAAUAACGAAGAAAAAAAACGAGUAUACGUAAAAUGAUAAAUAAACGUGAGUAAUUCAGGUAAAAUUGAUUAUUGCUUAUACCGAUGAGUGAACGUGUUGUUUGUUGUCUGUUGGUUCGUUGUAGAGGCAAGUUUUUAUUCACACUAUCUUUUCGUAAAAUGUGGCGGUGAAGUUUGUCGAUCGUUUCGGGGUGCAAGGAGGGUGAAGAGAAAAAAUGAGAAAAAAAUUCAACGUGAUACGAUGUGAGUGAGAAUUGAAUUGAAAAAGUGAUUCGAACUGAUUCGUGACGUAAAUCGAAGAACGGGGGGGAAAAAAGGUGUUUGCAACGGAGCUCGAAUUGCUAUUGGUUCAAAGAUAGAAAGCUAGUUGUAAUUUAGGGAUUGUUAUAAAGUGAAGGCUUUGUCAGUGUGAUGGUUAACGUAUGUUUGAGAACUUUAUGAACACUUUAGUGAUUCCGAAAUUACGGACCGUCGAUAAUAUACCACAAAUGCGAAGCUCUGGCGGAAGACUAAUAAAAUAUUGUGUAAUCCAUUGGACUAAAGUAUGUGAAGAUUAUGAUGUCGCUGGUAAAGUGACUUUAACGCCGCGGGAAAAACCGCUGCGUCGUAAACAGGAAUAUAUCAUUCCAAGUGAAAUUUCUAGACGAAAUCAAACGAAGAGAAAAAAAAUGAUUACGUAUUAAGCCAAGUAACCUAAAAACUUUAAUAAGCCUUUACCCCCGCAACGAUAAUUAGCUCUUCAAUUAUUACCCCAUAAUUUCCCCAGGUUGCUAAGAAGAAUUAAAAAAAAGUUUAUCGCUAAGCAUCGCCAUAAAUAUAAAGUUUUUGGAACCACACACGAGCCCGGAUGAAUUUUUGAGAACGUCCCCGAAGAAAGGCCUCCGGAUCAAACCGCGUUUAGCCAACUCCGAGUCGAAAUUCUCUAGGAUAUCGAGGAAGCGAAUCGGUAUUGGUCGGCGAAAUUCCUCGUUCCCCGAAUGAAUUUUGACUGUCACUGACAACCGGGAGGCCAGGCCGCAACCAUCAAUAAGAACCGAGAUGUCAGCCGUUGCUCCAGCUGGUACUGGAAGUGCGACGCCGAACAACAGUGGGCCGAUCGUCCCGGCGCCGCUCUUCGCGUUGCCGCUGUCAUUUACGGUUGGCCAGGUAGCGACGGUCUGCGAAACGCUCGAAGAAAGCGGAGACAUCGAGAGGCUGGCAAGGUUCUUGUGGAGCCUGCCGGUAGCGCACCCGAACAUCCAGGAGUUGAACCAGAGCGAAGCGGUGCUGAGAGCCAGGGCGAUAGUCGCCUACCAUUCGGGCCACUUUCGCGAGCUUUACGCGAUCCUUGAACGGCAUAAAUUCACGAAAGAUUCGCACGGAAAGCUGCAGGCGAUGUGGCUCGAGGCGCACUAUCAGGAGGCCGAGAAGCUGCGGGGAAGGCCGCUGGGUCCGGUGGACAAGUACAGGGUAAGGAAGAAGUUCCCCCUGCCCAGAACAAUCUGGGACGGCGAGCAGAAGACCCAUUGCUUCAAGGAACGCACUAGGUCCUUGCUCAGAGAGUGGUACCUCCAGGAUCCCUAUCCGAAUCCGGGAAAGAAGCGGGAACUCGCAGGAGCGACGGGACUGACACCAACGCAGGUUGGAAACUGGUUCAAGAAUCGGAGACAGAGGGACAGAGCUGCCGCCGCUAAAAAUCAAAUGCAGCAACAAUCGGGACCGGGAAGCGGAUCUCAGCGACGAGCCCUGAGCCCGGGACCCGGCGGAAGUGAUUCGGAGGACUCUGACAUCUCCCUGGGACGAACCUCGCCGCCCUCGCCGGCAUCCUCGCCGCCUCCGACCCACCAGCCGUCCCCGGUUCCGCUGGGCUCGCUGGGCCCUCUGCCCCCACCGCCCCUCAACUUUCGGUUCGACUCGGCGCAGCCCCAAUUCCGGUUCGCGCACGCGCCGGCCUUCAAAUUCUCGCCAACCGGCUUCCCGUUCGGACCCCAUAGCCCGCAGCACAACCACCCGAGCAUCGCCGGUGGUGGGAUAUUCAGACUGGCUGAAACCAGUCCCUUUCAGGCCGUAGGACCCAGGGGCGAUCUCGGCUCGAGACUUCCGGAUCCGCUGGGCCUGCCACCCCCGCGACUCCACCCCCACAAAGGGCUGCUGCACCACCCUCACCCCCCGCACCAGCUGACCGAAGGUAUAUCGAGGUUAUCGGACGGCUCUCGUCUCUCCGACGGCGGCGUUUCCCGUCUCUCUGACAGCCUCUCGGAGGCUCACAGCCCCCCAUUGAUGGCGACGAAUCUCUCCGUAACCGGUCCGCUCAGAGUCGCGGUGCCGAGUCCUCACACCCCUUCGUCAAGGGGCAGCCCCCCGGCGGGGCAGCAUACGCCGCAAGGUCACGGCCAAGGUCAGAUGAUGAAGAGGAUAGUGACGCCCCCGCCGCAUCCGACACCCCCAAAAAUUCACAGGCCAUUCUCGCCCGCGUGAUACGCGAGGAGAUGAAACGUUGCGUGAAAAUUGAUGCGAUUCAACGGAGUAUGAUGAUAAUAACGAUGAUAAAUUCAAUGGAAAUACGAGAUAAGUGUAUAAAUAAUAAUAACGUCGCGAUAAAUUCUUUAAUCGCAAAUUUAAUACGCGACACCCGAUCGUUCGAGAAUUAUAAUCGAGCCGUGGUUAAGUAGUGACGAUGAUUAUCUGAAGGAAA